CUGCCUUGAGUCCUUAGCCCUGUGUGUCCUUAGUUUGUUGAGUCCUGUGAUGGGAAAGAAUAGUUACUGAUCCUUGACUAGGCGCUUCCUUCUUGUUACCUUGGAGGACAAGGCACAGAGCUGUGAGAAUGUCCCAGGUCAUGUGGCUCUUAGCAGGACUGGAACCCAGUCCUGAGAGGUGCCAGCAGAGUCUAGAACCUGGAGGCAUUCCUGGAGCAGGGGGAAGAUGGGCCCUGCCAGUCACACAGCAGACAGAAAAGCAGGGUGGGCCCCGCACUGGCUGCAGUUCCAGGAGUUGUGGUGGGAAAGGAGCACCUUAGGUUGGGAUGGAGGAUCCCAGUUGUAGGAGACGUGUCUCAGGGAAGUUGGCGAACAGCAAGGGCAUGGCAGGACUUGGCCGAGUGAGGCCAGUUUAGAUGUAUGGGGGACCCUAGCGCUGGAGCCCUAUAGUGUCUGGGGUAAAAAAAAACCCUGAGCUGGGAGGGAAGACCUUGGGUUCCAGAGCAUCUGGCUGGGCACCCUUGGAUAAGUCAUAUACAUGACGGACAUCAGAAGGGCCGGUUACUGUGGACUUCCCCAGGGGAGCCUGCCAAGGGGCCUGGAGGGGGUCUUCAGGUGGUAGAGGGAGAGUCUGAGGAUGGAGGCUGUAGUGUGGGGAUGCUUCCUGAAAGAGGUAGGGGUUUUCGGGAAUGGGAAUGCUCCAUGGGGAGGAUGGGACCUGGGUCCUCAUCUUGCCCUGCCAGGUGGAAUGCUAUGGAAUAUGAUGAGAAGCUGGCCCGGUUCCGGCAGGCCCACCUCAACCCCUUCAACAAGGAUCUGGGGCCAAGGCAGCAUGAGCAGGGACCUAGUGAGGAGUCCCUGGACAUUUCUUCUGAAGGGUCUGUUCCUGGCCUCCGAUGUUCAGCAACUACAGCAGGCAAUUGAGGAAUGCAAGCAGGUGAUCCUGGAGCUGCCUGAGCAGUUGGAGAAGCAGAAGGAUGCAGUGGUGAGGCUCAUCCACCUGCGGCUGAAGCUCCAGGAGCUGAAGGACCCCAAUGAGGAUGAGCCCAACAUUAGGGUCCUUCUUGAGCACCGCUUCUACAAGGAGAAGAGCAAGAGUGUCAAGCAAACCUGGGCUCGUGGAUUUGUGUCCAAAAUAUGUACCACCUUCAACCUCUGUGACAUGGCCAUGGACUGGAUUGCUGAAGGGAAUGCCAAAAAUCUCAGAAAAAUCAGAAAUUUGUGUGACCAGUAA